UCAUGCUUUGUCCAUGUCAUUUUGCGCACAUCACCAACAUGUCAGGACGUAUUCCAGCCUCCACCUGCGCUGCAGUGUCUCUUUAAAAGGCGAUCCCAUGCGCAGGAUCCAGGGGGCUGGCCCUUCAUCGACUUGCAUGCGUGUGCGUGUGUAUGUGAGUGUCCGUACGUAUGUGUGUGUGCGUGUAUGAGUGCGUAUGUGUGUGUGGAGCACUGAGUGGAGAGCAAAUCGACAUACAGUAGUAAACCGGAGUGAGGUGGCAGUCUUAUUCCACAUCGACACCGACCUGCCCUGCGCACAUCCUCUCUGUCUCCAGAGCGCACUUUGAGGAGUGAAAGAGUCAAGAUGGCAUCUGGAAGUGGACAAUCCAGGAUCUAGUCUAUUUUUUUUCCUGCUACCGCGGAGCGCAAGUGACUGGCCGUGCAAGGCUGAUAACUUAAGUUGCUCUCAGUCCUGUUGGGACUUCAGUGCUGUUGAAUAGCAACAAAGGACGGGAGCGCGCAUUCAUGGGACGCGACUUUGACAGCUCUUCGUUUCUGAUCUUCUAACUUUAUUAACUGGCAGCUGGGGGCAGAUAGUGAGUGGAGUUGGGGGAUCAUGGCCGAGGCUCCGCUUCCCGACGCGCUCCCGGACUUGGACGUGGCCAUCGACCCGGACUUUGAGCCCAAGAAGCGGCCGAGAUCUUGCACCUGGCCGCUGCCACGACCGGACUCCAGCGCCGUGAAACCGGAGAGCAACGACACAGAUAUCAUCCCGGAGGAGGAGGACGAUGAGGAGGACAAUGCCACCGCUGCGGCCAUCGGUGUCAACGGCUCCGGUGUGGUGGCAGAGGACCAGAGCAGCAACAGCCCUCUUGCGGAUGGAGCGCUGUCCUCCCCGGGCCAGGACAGCGGAGGCUCCCCGCUCUCCACGCACUCCCCGACGGCCACCUCCGGAGUCCUGACCCCCAGCAGCCUGGCCGCCGCGCAGACCCCGAGGAAAGCGUCCUCUCGCCGGAACGCCUGGGGGAACCUCUCCUACGCAGACCUGAUCACCAAAGCCAUCGAGAGCGCACCAGACAAGAGACUGACCCUGUCCCAGAUCUACGACUGGAUGGUCAGAUCCAUCCCAUACUUCAAGGACAAAGGCGACAGCAACAGCUCUGCAGGAUGGAAGAACUCCAUCCGACACAAUCUCUCCCUCCACAGCCGUUUCAUCCGUGUCCAGAACGAGGGAACAGGGAAGAGUUCCUGGUGGAUGAUCAACCCGGAGGGAGGAAAGGGAGGCAAGGCUCCACGGCGCCGGGCGGUCUCCAUGGACAACAGCAACAAGUACACCAAAUCUGCCCGUGGCCGUGCCGCCAAGAAGAAGGCCGCCCUGCAGGCUGCAGCUGCUGCAGGUGAAGGCGGGGGAGAUAGUCCGUCUGGUCUCUCCAAGUGGCCUGGAAGCCCAACGUCACGCAGCAGCGAGGAGCUGGAUGCCUGGACAGACUUCCGCUCUCGCACUAACUCCAACGCCAGCACACUGAGCGGCCGCCUCUCGCCUAUUCUGGCCAACCCCGAGCUAGAUGAGGUGCCCGAUGAUGAGCCUCCUCUCUCGCCGAUGCUCUACUCCAGUCCUGGCAGGGCGCUGUCUCCUGCUACAAGCAAUGGGAAAGCUGUGCCGACUGAGCUGCCCCGCCUAGCAGACCUGGCAGGUACAAUGAACCUGAACGACGGACUCACAGACGACCUGAUGGACGAGUUGCUGGACAACAUCAACUUGGUGCCAACCACCUCCAGCCAGGUCACACAGAAUGGCUCCUCAGGGUUCAGCUUUGGGUCCAAGCCCAACGGGAUCGGCUCACCUUCCUCCACUUCCUCUCAAUCCUCCAAUUCUUCUUCUAAUGGUGGAAGUAAUGGCUAUAGUAACUCCAUCUUCGGCCCUCACACAGCGGGCUCCUCUCUGCGUCCGUCCCCCAUGCAGACCAUCCAGGAGAACAAGCAGACGUCCUUCUCCAGCAUCAGCAUGUCCCGCUUCGGCAGCCAGACACUACAAGACCUGCUCAACUCUGACAGCCACAACCACAGCGACGUCAUGAUGACCCAGUCUGACCCGCUGAUGUCACAGGCCAGCGCGGCGGCCGUCAUCUCCCAGAACUCCCGCCGUGGCCUCAUGCUCCGCAAUGAUCCCAUAAUGACCUUUGGGACCACCGGAGGACUUCAGGGCAGCCAGCGCGAGAUGCUGCAAAGCAACAACCACAACCACAGGUCUUUAAACGGAGGCCUGAACCUAGCCAACGAAGCUAAUGCUCUGGCUAAUGCCAAACAGCAGCUCCUACUCUCACCCUUGGGAGGAAACGGGUCUUCCUCCAUGCAGAUCGACACCUCAAUCUUCCUGAACGGAACAGUUAGCAGCAGCGGAGGGAUCUGUCAGGAUCGUUUCCCCACAGAUCUGGACUUGGACAUGUUCAAUGGCAGCCUGGAGUGUGACAUGGACUCCAUCAUCAGGAAUGAGCUGAUGGAUGCAGAUGGCCUGGAUUUUAACUUUGACUCUUUGGCCAACAUGAACGGAGUCGGCAACUUCGCGAGCACCAAGCAGACCUCUCAGAGCUGGGUACCUGGCUGAGAGGCAGGGUGCAAAGCAGGUCUGAACUAUGGUGCAAGAGAAGAUCAGACACACAACAUCCUUUUUUUGCCAAACCUGCCAUCAGCACAAUGUAAAAUACAAACCCUGUGUUUACAGAAGAAGACUUCCUCCUGAGAGCUUUACCUUCGCUCCCACACUGGUGAAACCAUGAACGAUCCGACAGACUCUAGAGAUGCUGCACAUCAGCCCUCAAAGCCUCCUGUGAAACACCAACAAGAAGAAACAAUCACGACAAACUCACAAAUCUCAGAAUUAUGCAAUUUUUUUUCCUUUGCCACCCAGCCUGUUGAUAUCAAAGAGACACUGCUUGUCAGAAGGGGUUUCAGGUGGAAUACAAGGACUAAAGAUCAAGCAUAGAAUGGAAGGAGUGCACAGUGCAGUUGUUCCCGUCGAAGGCAACGAAAAAAGAGACAGAAGUGUAAAAAAGAUAGGGAAAAAAAAUCGGGAAGUGAUGUGGUGUAAAUCUGAUCCAGUGGUUUCCUGGGAUGUUAUGUUGAAAAAAAAAUUCCCUCUGUUCUUAGUGAUUUUAAAUGUUCUGUGUUUGUUUUUUGGAUUUUCUGUUUUAUCAUACUUGUUUCUGGAUCAUACAUGUCUGUACAAAAAGAAAUUGGUGUUUUGGUGAAAUGAAGAGAUGAGUGUUUUUACUCACUGAGUGGCCGCACAUACAGUACAUGCAGACACACAUACAGACAAACUGACACCUCGUCCCAGUUGUAGAAUCUUGAAUUCCUCAGUUUAACGCCACACACUUGCUGUUUUGUUAUUACAAAUUGCUUGGAUUUAAAUUAACUGUAGCAUAUGGAGGGUUUUAUUACAAUUAGCUGCAACAUGAUUUAUCCUUGUGUAUAUCAAACUGUAAAAAGAGAAAAAAAAUGACAAAAGCCUAGAAGAAGAAAAUCUUUGUCAUGGAUCCUUGUACAGUGCAGGGCAGCGGGAAGUUUAAGGAAAAGAUCUCGUCUGUCUUAGUUUUCUGAGCUUCUGGUGAGUUCUGUUGAGGUCAUUUGUCACAGCAUACGAUGUAGCCAAAUUGAAAACCUGUGUCCCAGGGUUGUGAACAUUUCCACACCAUAACAGGUGCUAUUAUAAACAGUGUUGAAUCCUGUCCUGAGAGCAAGCCGUGCAUUUUGUUUGUUCUGUUUUUUUUUUUUUUCUCUUUCUGUUUUUACCCAUGACCUGCAGAAGCCAGAGCUGUAGCCACUUGUAGCACGGCGAGGUUGAAGACGGCAGGGGGAGCAGGGUUUUAAGGCUCAUUCCUCUAGAAGCCAUUCGUUUCUUGAGUAAAACAAUAAGCUAUCUCUGUAUAUUGCCAAAUUACUUGAAACAAACAGUAGGAUAUGCUGGCAGCCAAAUCACAGCACACACACAUAUGUAUGUAUAUAUAUAUGUGUGUAUAUACAUAUACAUAUAUAUAUAUUACACUCACAGAUAGUAAAAUAACAGCAGGGAUGUGUAUUGAAGCUCUGCUGUUUUCUUGUCUUGAGCUUGUGGGGCUUGUUAUGCAUAUACAGAAUCACUCAGGGGGGGAAAGGGAGGCUUCCCGUUUAAGAAACAUCAAGUCACAUUCGAAUAGUAUUUUAACAUUUCUUGCUUAAAAAUAUACAAUAAAAGGCAAUGCUUUGUGUUUGUGAACUUGUAACCUGUGAACUUUUGGCUGUUGAGAUGAAGAGGAGGAAGGCAGAUAAACGUCAGGAUCAUUACUUCACGCAGUCUGUUAUGUUUUUUUUGGUUUCUGCUGUCAUCGUUUUGUGUUUUUUUUUUUUUCUCUCCUCUCGUUGGACUUGUGAUGCACAUACACACACGCCCUCAUGGACACGCCUGGUGCUCCUGCAGGUGAUUUCCUGUAUCUCCUGUUAUUGUGUGUUAAUCUGUGGAGUUCAUUUCAGUUGAAUUUAAUCCACGAGGAUGUGUAAUCCCUCACGGUGCAUACAGCACAGCCGACUGUAUGCAUGUCUGUAUUUAUGCAUUAUGAAUUGUGUGAAAUGCAUAUAUACUCGCUGUAUGUCCUUAUAUACUCAUGUAGUACUUGACCCAUGGAUUUUUGUGAUACCUCUGAAGUUGAAGAAACAAGGUUACAUGCCAGGUAGGAGGGAACACUGUUACCAGAGAUGGAAUUGUUGGACCAGAUUCUGAAAAUCUGGACACCCUGGUGCCCCCUCUUGGUUUGGGGCAGCAACAUGAAAGUGUAUUCCCUGCUGUGUAUAAUAGUGUACAGAUUUGUGUAUAUCACUUUGAGGCAGAGGAUUGGGUGUGCAUGGUUGGCUAGAAUGAUCUCCCGUGUAUCUGAGGUUUAGUGCAUGAGCUAGCUGUACCCCUCUCCACCUCUCCAGUGGUGCCGUCCCUCGACAAAUUGUAACACACAGAGAAACCCUGCCUUUUUAGCGCUCAAACACACACACUCUGUUCCUAUUUUUAAAAUCAGGGCUGACAGAGGUGCUCUUGCGCCAUCCUCCCGCUUUUAUUAGUGUGUGUGUGUGUGUGUGUGUGUGUGUGUGUGUGUGUGUGUGUGUGUGUGUGUGUGUGUGUGUGUGUGUGUGUGUGUGUGUGUGUGUGUGUGUGUGUGUGUGUGUGUGUGUGUGUGUGUGUGUGUGUGUGUGUGUGUGUGUGUGUGUGUGUCAACGCAGAUGCAGGGAAAACCCUCCUUAAUGAACGUUUCUCAGCUUCACACUGGAUUUAUUCCACAUGGAGCAGGUUCAUGUCCUGAUGCUCCCAUCGAUUAAACCUUUGACGUGGUAAAAGUGUCAACUGACAACGAGCUGAAAUUUCCAUCUAGUAUUUCCAGAACACUAUCAAUCAUUUCUUUUGACAGGGAGGGAAUCCUGAGCCAUCACCUGAACUGCUGAGCAUUUCAAGUCAUCUGCACUGCCUGUACUAAAUGUUACUUUACCGGUCCUGUGAAGAAGACUGACAAGGUGAAGUCAGCGCGCGCUCUAGUCCUCUUCUAUUUAAAGAGAGGUUAUUGGUCCCUGACAAACUGCAAAUCUCAGUCACAGAAAGGUGUUCCUAACAUUUCGUACGUUCAGUGUGAAAUGUUUCGGCUCUUCAGGCAGAUCGUUUACAUUUAAUAGUGGAGCAGGCCGUCCACUCAACCACUCAGUGCUUCAUUCAGGCACGUGAAAUCUGCUCAACACACACACACACACACACACACACACACACACACACACACACACACACACACACACACACACACACACACACACCUGCAGCACAGCACAAGCUGCUUUAAAGUUAACAAAAGCAAAAAAACAAAUAAAAUAGAGGCAUACCACUAGAUACCUUAAUCACCUCUUGGACAUUUCCCUUUUAUUAUCUUCUCUUGAAUCCUCCUGUCCUUGUUAAGAAGCCCAGGCCAGCUCCCCUCCAAAUGCCCCUCUGAGCUUUUCCCCUUCAGACUUCGCCCUUUAUUAAUCUUGCUUCUUCUCGACUUGAUGUUAGUGGGUAUUUUUCCUGUGUAUUCCAUUUUGAAUUUUAAUCUAGUUUGUAUAAGAAAUGGUGCGCAUGUAAAUAAAGCUUGGUGAGGCUCCA